AUGGAAACGGCAACGACUACAUCAAUAACCGAAACAACAACGACUACAUCAACGACCGAGACGACAAUGACUACAUCAACAACCGAAACGACAACGAGUACAUCAACAACCGAAACAACAACGACUACGUCAACGACAGAGACGACAACGACUACAUUAACAACAGAAACAACAACGACUACAUCAACGACCGAGAUGACAACGACUACAUCAACAACCGAAACAACAACCACUACAUCAACAACCGAAACGACAACGAGUACAUCAACAACCGAAACAACAACGACUACAUCAACAACCGAAACAACAACGAGUACAUCAACAAGCGAAACAACAACGAGUGCAUCAACAACCGAAACAACAACCACUACAUCAACAACCGAAACGACAACGAGUACAUCAACAACCGAGACGACAACGACUACAUCAACAACCGAGACAACAACCACUACAUCAACAACCGAGACAACAACCACUACAUCAACAACCGAAACGACAACGACUACGUCAACGACAGAGACGACAACGACUACAUUAACAACAGAAACAACAACGACUACGUCAACAACCGUGACGACAACGAGUACAUCAACAACCGAAACAACAACGACUACGUCAACGACGGAGACGACAAUGACUACAUCAACAACCGAAACAACAACGACUACAUCAACGACCGAAACAACAACGACUACAUCGGUGACAACCACAACAACCUCAAAGACAACGACGACGACAUCCGAAAGUAUGUGGUUAAACAAUCAACAAAUAUCUAAGCAUUGUAUUUAA